AUGUCACGACAUCGCGCGGUUCGCAAUUUGGACCUUGAUGAGGAGCUCGCAGAAGACGACUACUACGAUGAAGACCCCUACGACAACCUGUCCCAAGAAGACCACGAGGCCAUGACCGAGGCGUACGCUCAGACUCUCGACGUCAUCGGUCCCAUCAGCUCCAACGGAUUCACCGAGCGCGAAAUCAAGGAUAUUCUCUGGGACGCCUACUUUGACGUCGACUCGGCGAUCACACAGCUCGUAGAGGAGAAGAGCAGACGAGAAGCAAAAGCAGAAAAGGACAGACAGAAACAAGGAAGCGGUGGUCUGAAAUCCGAAGACGAUGGACCGACAAUAGAGGCGUUCAAACAACUUUCUCUACAGCGAGAUCGUCGUGCCGAGAUCCGAGCUGGCAGAGGAAUGCCUCGAGGCAAAGCUCAAGGCCUUCGCGGACUGUCUACGGGCGGUCGCGCCGGUCUGGCGAAGCGGAACCUUGCAGCGAUGGCUCCCGACUUUGUCCGAGAUUCCCAAGCAGGAUCAGCGUCGUCCUCGUCCGUCCCCGUGGCAUCUACAAAGCCCGUUUCGAAGCUUUCGGCUUUGGCUGCUCGAUCGAGCGCAAAGCGGCCAGCAGACAACGUCCCUCUCAGUGCUGCAGAUCGACCGCGGCCCGCAUCGCCAGCGCCUACGCCCACAUCAUCUCCUGCUAGCCACUCCGGGAAUCCUGCCUCCGCUGCUGGCUCUGCAUCUGCGGCUUCGAGCGGUCGCACAAGCAAACUCGCUGCAUUGGCUGCUGCGCGGAACGCAGCUGGUGCGACUGGCCUAAAGCCUGCCGCAACUCCAGCAACGGAGCCCAGCAGCUCGUCGGCUGCUGCGUCGGAAGCGCCAGGAAAGCCUCUAUCCAAGCUUCAGCAGCGCAUGCUUGCCAACAAGCAACAGCGUCAAGCCGCAACACCGGAAGCCAAAGAAGCAGCAGCCACGCAGGCGGCAGAAGAAGAAGCUCGUUCCCGUCCGCAGACCUGUUUCGGCUCCGAUCUGCCUAUUUCGUCCCUGUUUCCCAGCCAACAGCCCGUUCCGGAAGAAGCUCUGGUCUCAACAACUGGACUGGCGUCGAUUAGCGCAGUAGCUGGAUCGUCCAAGGUUUCUACCGACCAGCUUGUUGCUCCACUGUCGCUUUUGAGACGGGUGCCCGCCGCAAAGAAGGCGGCAGCAGCAGCAAAUGCAUCGGCUCCGACGUCCGGCACCUCGACGCCGCUGCACCGCAAAGCAGCAGUCGGACAAGCUGCCAAAGCAGCCGGUGGAAAGCAAGGUGGCACAACGGUGAGCCAGCUUCGCAACGAGAUCGAAGCGCUCGAAAUUCACGGUGGCUCGAGCAGCAAAGCUGCCUCCUCUGCUGGCUCGGCCGCGCCCAGCGCCGUCUCCACACCCAUGGGCAUUGCUCACGAACGCAUCAUCGAGGAGUACCGCAAGCGCGAAAGGGAGGGUAAGGCCGAGUUGAGCUUGGUCGUUGUAGGACACGUCGAUGCUGGCAAGUCAACAUUGAUGGGACGAAUGCUGUUGGAGCUAGGUUCGCUAUCGCAACGCGAAUACUCGAGCAACGAGCGGGCGUCGCAGAAGAUCGGCAAAGGCAGCUUUGCAUACGCCUGGGCGCUCGACUCUUCCGAAGAGGAGCGAGAACGUGGUGUCACCAUCGACAUUGCACAGGAUCACUUCUCCACGCAGCAUCGCACCUUUACGUUGCUGGAUGCGCCGGGACACCGCGACUUCAUCCCCAACAUGAUCUCGGGUGCCGCACAGGCCGACUCGGCGCUGCUGGUGGUCGACUCGAUCCAAGGCGCCUUCGAAGCUGGGUUCGGUCCGAACGGGCAGACGCGAGAGCACGCUUUGCUGGUGCGCAGUCUAGGCGUCCAGCAGCUCGUGGUGGUCGUCAACAAACUCGACGCUGUGGCGUACAGUCAGGACAGGUACGACGAGAUCGUGGGAAAAGUGAAGCCGUUCCUGACUUCGUGCGGGUUCGACGCGGCCAAGCUCAAGUUUGUGCCGUGCGGCGGGUCCGUCGGUGAGAACCUGGCGGUCAGGGAAGAAGGUGGUGCGCUUUCGGCGUGGUACAGCGGACCGACGCUGGUGGAGGUUCUGGACGCGCUCGAGCCACCGGCACGACAGCUGGAUGCGCCGCUGCGGUUGCCGGUGACCAACGUAUUCAAGGGGCAAACGGCGAUCGCGUCGGGCGUAGCUAUUUCGGGCCGGGUGGUGUCGGGCAUCGUACAGAUUGGUGAUCGUGUUCGGCCGGUGCCCGGUGACGAAUCGGGCAUCGUACGAGCCAUCGAGGUGGACACCGAAUCCGUACCCUGGGCGGUGGCAGGUGCCAACGCCACGGUCUACCUGAGCGGUAUCGAUCAGAUCCAAAUUUCGGUCGGAGCGGUCCUCUGUUCCCCCUCGUCACCUAUCGCGCUGUGCGACUCUUUCCUCGCGCAGAUCCUCGUCUUCGAGCCCACCUAUCCGCUCGUCGCAGGAACCAGCGUCGAACUCUUCCACCACAGCGCCAACAUCGCCGCCACGUUGACGGAGCUCGUAUCGAUUCUGGAUAAGACGACGGGCAGCGUGGCGAAGGCCAAACCGAGGGUGUUGACGAAGGGAUGCACGGCGAUGGUGAGGGUGACAGUCAAGGCGGGCGGUCAGGCGGGGCAGAGCAGCGGAAUUCCGUUGGAGGAUGCGAGGACGAACAAGGAGAUGGCGAGGGUGUUGAUGCGGAUGAAUGGCGAGACGGUGGCUGCGGGGGUGGUGGUCGAUGCUCACCGGUGUUGA